AUGGCCGCUGUUGCUGCUGGUGCAAAAAUUAUCGAGAGACGCAUUACAGUUGAUCAGUAUCUUAUAGGCAGUGAUCAUGAAUCAUCAUUAAAUUCACAUGAACUUAGAGAUUUUGUCCAAUCAAUUAAAAUAGUUGAGCAAGCCAUGGGAAGACACACAAAAACAAUUCAAGCUUGCGAAUUUGAUUCCUGUGCAGAGCUAGGGAAAACUAUUGUUGCAGCAAGAUUCCUUGCUAGUGGAACAUAUAUGUCUGAGGAGAACAUGGCUGUUAAAGGUUCUUUGGAAAAGGACUUUCACCCUCUUCGUUUUUACGAGCUUAUUGGUAGACGGUUGAAGAAGGCAGUUGAACGAGAUGAAUCGUUCAUGCCAUCUCAUUUUUAUUGA